UAACCAACCAAUUAAUAAGAUGACCAACAUAGUUUUCUUACAACUGAAGACAGCAAGAGAAAAAACUACUCGUAAGAGGGAAAGAAAACUAGGAAAGCUAUAUUGUCGUAGAGAACAAUAAUACAAUUGCAAUUUCUCACAAUUUAUCUUGCCUAAAUCUUAAAGCUAUAACUUGCAAUAUUUGGUUAUACAAGCAAUAUACCAGUGUAGGUAACUACUACGGAGUAUAUGUCAAUUCAAUAAUCACCUGAACCUUCACACGAGCUUCCGAGAUUGGGAUUGAUGUCAUUAAUCAGCAGUCUGAUUAUGUUUCUACGACAUGAUCUUGAAAUGUCAAUGCACUCCUGCAAGUCGGCAUCACAGGCAAUCAAAACCCACUCGUGAUCAUCAUCUAGGUACUUGAAUUCAUAGGUGCCCAGCUCCAACGCCAAUCUCUUCGCCACUUCCUCCUGUAAUUUUACAAUGCCCGAACAUAUGCAGCUUUUAUUGUUACAAAAGUUGUCAGCUCUGCAGUGGAAAGAUGCAACGGCACUCUCUCACUAGGUUUAGUAAUGUCAUCCAUGGUAGAUUCAGCGAGUUGAUUUAUGCAGCGAAGGGAAGUAGGGGGGGUUCCUCGGCUCUCUUCUCUCGAGCCACUUGUUGUUCGUGACAAUUUCCCCCCUUGAGCUAUUUCAACACCAUUUUGUUGAUAUGCAAGUUCAUCAAUCCCCAAAACAUGUCCUACAACAUGUCUUUCGGGAGCUCCAUGGCUGAAGAAGAACUCACUAUUCUCUUCAGGAGAUUCGGAUGAUAAGCAGGGUGGGGAGGUUAUUGUACUUAACAUCAGUAGGUGGCGACGAAAUCAGUCCUUCACCGAUAGGAGUCAAAUUUGGCGCUAUAGCUGUACUCAAUGUAAAUGCUCCAUUAGCUCCUUGCACAGAUUCAAUUACUCGUUUGAGCUUUGACAGUGAACGGUUGACCUUAUUUAUCUUGCGAGAUGGCCAACGAGAUAUCCCAUGUUGCCUGCAAAUGCUAAUCAUUGUUGUAGGGCAAACUGUAAACAGAAAGAUCAUAUGUAAGACACCUAUUGUCUCCUUCCUGGAGAGUUCAAAUUAGCAUUCACAUAUCAACAUCUUGAGAAGGAUAUAAGAUCAAAUCUUGCAAAUGAUCCUACGUUCUUGCAGCGAUCUCGAUCAAAUUAUACAUCUUAUUUGAGAUCCUGUGAUAUUUUGUUGUCACGAUCUAGAUCUUAUCCAAUGAUCAAUAUUUAAUUAGAUCUUGAUAACCUUAUUAGUGGAAAACUUUUCGGUUGGAUGCUCUUCCUAUAGUAACCUUUCCAUGAAAGAACACAACCCAAUAUAAUUCUAACUUUGUUAGGGUCUGGCUUCUGAGAGGUCAAUAUGUAAGUAGUCUUACCCCUGUAAAAUAUAGAGACUUUUUCGGUUAGACCCUUGAUGCAAUGGUGCAUUUACUACCCAAAAUUUCAUUGAAUGUAAGAAGCAAAUAAAGUUUAAUUUGCCAU